AUGGUCUGCAACAUAUGUUCCGACACUCUUAAAAUCAUCUGGGAGCCGUCUCAUCCAAGAAGGUUAUGUCCCUUCCAAGAUGUUUUCCCUGGGGCCAGACUCCCCCGGAAUAAGAACCUGGCACCAGACCAUCCUGAACACUACCUUUUUGGGCACCACCCUACAUUGAACUCUCUGUCGGAUGCUAUUAACAGUGGAUGCUCUAUUUGCAAACGGCUACAUACGCCUAUUGAGUAUUCAGAGCAGACCAAACUUAACCAACUUGGAUAUUUCUCUGCUCUUGGUGUUGAGUUUGAGGACCUCCCAAUUCUAACAGGAUAUACUGAUCAUGGGGGUUGGUUCUCCCAACCUUUGCUUCCUGUUGAAAGUCCUAUGCUCAGCCUUAGUCGCUCUACAGGUGACCUCUCAGCUAUAGCAUUAAUUCGAAGCUGGUUAGAAACUUGUGUCCAAUCACACAAGGGUUGCAACAAAGCUACAGAGAAGCCAUUCAUACCACCCCGGCUCCUUCAGCUGAACACCGAGUCCAAUUCCUUUCGUCUGGUUUCUGCAACUGAAGUCCCGCCUGGCAUUCGCUACACCACAUUCAUCCACUGUUAUUGGCCAGGCGAUGAUGGUAUGCAGCUUCUUGAGUCUACCUUGAAGAGAUUCUCGUCUCAGCAGUCUCUCUCUAUUCUCCCCCAAUCCUACCGCGAUGCCUGUCUGGUGACAACCCAGAUAGGAGCCUCAUAUAUAUGGAUUGACCAGCUCUGUGCCAUGCAAGAUAGCCAGUUUGAUCAAUCAGCGCAUCAGAACAUAAUGAGACAGCAAAUUUUAACGAAUGGAUUUUGUGGAAUCGGUGCUGCAGGCUCCACUUCAUCUUCGUCUGGCCUCUUUACACAAUCUGAUCGGAGUACCUUAUCACCAGAUAUUUUCAACUUCCAAGCUAAGAGAACUACACCCUCGAUACCUUAUACAUUCUUUGCAGAACUUGAUAGCGGUAAAGUUAAGGCUUUUCGCUAUGAACCUAUUUCAAAAAACGCGAGAGCAUUACGCGAUCGCCUAUCAGUGCCCCGAAUGGUGUAUUUCGGCAGGCAGAUGCUCUUUUGGGACUGUCACACCUCCCACUACAAUGAGUUCGGUCUUGUUCCACCUGAACAUUUGCCCCAAGCUACUGGUAGGGAGGGAGAGUUAACAGAUGAUGGCAAAUUAGUUAUUAAACUAUGGAAGCCACUGUUUGAGUAUCAUGCAGUUCCUUAUGACGACCCAAUCGACCAAAUAUUAAACAGCUGGACUGCAUUUAUUAUGACAUACACAAGACACACCGAUGUUUCCCCUACUGAAAGGCUAUAUUUGCUGCAGAAUCUAGCUCUAGAGGCGAAGCAGCUGCUGAUUAAGCACGACUGUAGCGACGCCAUAUACCUUGCAGGGAUGUGGAAGAUAUCAUUUCCCUGGGCGCUUCUUUGGCUAUCUCGAAGCGUCUGCGAUACUCAAACAGCUGCUUCCUAUGCACCCUCUUGGAGUUGGGCCGCUGUAGAUGGUGAAGUAUUUUUUCUACAACCAGGUACUAUGUGGAGUAAGGGUUUAGUCUGUGAGCUUAUUAACAGCACCUGCGAUUUGGACGACAUCACGGGAACAAUGACGUCCGCUAGUAUUACUAUCAGAGGGAAGCUUCUUCUUGGUAAACUAGCUUCCUUCCCUCCCGGGGUUGGUCUAGAUGAUAAAAUGUGGAUUUUGAGCCUUACGGAUGCUAAAAAGAGCACUGGUUUGAGCCUCACGGCAGGUCCUGUCAAACUUCCCACACCCGACGAGUGGACUGUUAGAUUUGAUUCAGGUCAAGACAAGAGUGCGGAAGUCUUGUGCUUGCCAGUACAAGCCUACACUGCAACCUCUUGUACAGACGAGGUAGAGCACUGCUUGCAUGGCAUUCUUCUCUUCCAACUUGACGAUGGCCGGUAUGUUCGUCGGGGUUAUUGGAGUAUAACAAUGAAGAGUCUAGAUAAAGCACUGCAUGCUGUCGAUGACCUACAUGAUUUUGAGUUAGAGAUUAUCUAA